AUGUUAGAAAUUGUGGACGACAAAUCGAAGCAUUGCAUCCCUUUUCUGUUGGAGCGUCUGCGCAUCCACACUGAACAGCAUCCAUCUGAUACCCCGCCGUUCUUUCUGGGCCUCAAUGGAGUGCAGGGCGCCGGCAAGACCGUGUUAGUCUCGACAUUACAGACUAUACUUCGUUCCGAGCCAUACUCGCUAUCCGUGGUCACACUGUCGCUGGACGACAUCUAUCUGACCCACGCUGAUCAACUCGCCCUCGCAAAAGCUCAUCCAACGAACCCAUUACUCCAACACCGCGGCCAGCCCUCAACACACGAUCUUGCGCUCGGCGAGCAGGUCUUCGCAUCUCUCGCUGCGGAACAGCCCACGGUGAUCCCGCAGUAUGAUAAAUCUGCAUUUUCUGGCCAGGGUGACCGUGUCCCCGAGUCACAAUGGACCACCGUCAACGCCAAUGAUGAAAAGAAAGUCAAGGUGAUCAUUUUCGAAGGAUGGUGUGUCGGGUUCCGAGCUUGCGACACACAGACUCUCCGCGCAAAGUGGGAAAGCGCAGUCCGGCAAAAGGAGAGCGGCAACUAUCAAGGAAGACUAGGACACAUGAAAUUUGAGGACAUUCAGACCGUGAAUGAAGCAUUGAGACGAUACGAUGUGCUGACUGAUAAACUCGAUGCGCUGAUCCACAUCGAUGCACAAGACCUCAGGUUCGUUUAUGAGUGGCGACAGGAACAAGAGCGCACCUUGCGCGCCGCAAAGGGUAAUGGAAUGACCGAGGAGCAGGUCAACCAUUUUGUCGAUGGGUAUUAUCCCUCCUAUGAGCUCUUCACAGAAUCACUUCGCGAAGGUGUUUUCAAGCCCCGAGCAGGUUCCGCAACAUCAUCGGAAUGGCAGGGGAGACAGCUUCGCUUGGUGGUGAACCGCAAUCGGCGAGUAGAGAAGGUCAUUCACAUCUAA